AUCAUUACGUCACUUCCGCCCUCCAUCCUCCCUCAGUGAUGGCGGUUCGGGUCCGGGUCCCACCUGGGGCUCCCCCGGAGCCGCUCCCCGUUCAGCUCCUGCCCUGCCGCAUCCAGCACGACGGGCCCGCGCCCGUGGCCGUGUUCCUGCGGCCCCGGCCCGGCCCCGGCGGCGAGCUCUGGGCCUCGUUCCGGGGGCGCCGCCUGGGGGGCCGGGAGCUGCCGCUGCCCGCGGGCUACCGGGGGCUCCUGCUGCGGGGGGAGGAGCCGGGAGACCCCUCCCAGGCUGGCAGGGUGACCCUGACGGGGUCGUUUGAGGCCAUCACGGACUGGGGGGCUGACACUGCCCCUGCCCCCGGCCAGGGCCUGGCCCGGGCCCUGCAGUGGGGACCCCUUGCCCAGGCUCUCCACGCCCCCGUGAGCGAGGGCAGCGAUGAGGAGGCGGAGCCCUGACAGGCCACACCCACCAUGGACACACCCAGAGGGUGGGGCCUGCACAAGCCACGCCCAUCCCACGGCAUCAACUGAUCCAGCCUGGCUGAGGCCACACCCACAACUGCAGCCACGCCCAGUGCAUUAAAACCACGCCCACCUCAUUAACAGAGCUGGCCACACCCAAGGGGCGGGGUCUAAUUCAACCAGAGUGCCUGGAACCCCUCCCAGUGGGAGGAGCCUGUGGAAGCCCCUCCCCAUUUUAUUUAAAAAACCCAAAGCUGUUCACAGCAGGCUCCACCCACAAAUGGAGCCACGCCCACUGUGGGUGGGGCCUGCCCAUGCCCCACCCCUUUCCUUUUAUGGUCAAUAAAGGAUUUGCAGCGCCUGCUGUGGGCGGG